UAGGACUGCUUGCCAUCCUGGGGGGGGGGGGAGGAAGGAGGGAGGGGAAAAAACGAAACAUAAGUGAUUGCAAGGGAUAAUGUCGUGUAAAAAUUAUCCUGGCAUGGAUUCUGUCAAUACAAAGUUAUUAUUAAAUAAAAUAAAAUUAACUAAGAUAUCCAGGGUGCUAACUUGGUCUUCACAAUCAACAAUGUAUUUACACUCUUUUUAUGAAUUUAAUCAUCAACAAAUUAUUUCAAAAUACACAGAACUACUGUGUGAUAUUGGUCGAGUUACUUAAAUUCUUAAGUCCUCAAUUUCUUUAUCUGUGGAAGGAGAGAGUUCACCUUUCCUGAGGCCUUUAGAUUAAUCUUGGUACUCAUCUCUUGGUAAGAGGUAAUAAAUCUAAAAUACAGGAGACAUGCAUUUUUAAACAUAGCCAAUGAAGAAAUUUCUUUUAAUUGCCUAUGAAUAUUUGCUGUUAAGGGUUUCUGUUUUUCUUAUUUUAUUGGGAGAAAGACAAUGCUUAAUUAAAAAGAAUAGAUUUUAAAAUAAGGUUAGACUAGGUAUGUUCCAGCUCUAAAACUUUGAUUUUUGAUAGACAAAUAUCUUUCCAAUAGAAAAAAACAAUUAUCUUUCCAAUAGGUAAAAAACAAUCUCAGUAGAACCCUUCUUUAGAAGCAGAUUAAAUUGAAAAACUGAUCAUAUUUGAUAGCCCAUGCUUCAUUUAGUACUCUACUGAGAGAAGGAUGUAGUUUCUCAUUGGUCUUCUAGAAUCAAAACUGAUUCUGUAGAUCUCUAGUUUUUCCCUCUGUUUAUUAUGGCUAUUUUGUAUAUUUAUUUUAUCUUCUGCUUUCUUUACUCUCCAACAGUUUACACAAGUUUCUCUGGAUUUCACAUUUUCAUUGUUUUGUAUAGUUACACAGUCAUACACACACAUACACACAUAUAUAUGGUAUAAUUUUUAUAUGUAGAGAGAAUAUAGAAUUUCUCUAUAUGAAAUUAUGAAAAACUGAUAUACCCUCUUCCCACCAAAAUACACACAUACACACAAACGCACACAUUCAUAAUAUACUGUUACUUUCAUGAAGGAAUAGAUCUUGUAUCCAUCUUGGGAUCUAUACAUACCUAUACCUGCCUUUAUUUUUUUUUAAUCAACCUGGUUCCCAUAAAUAAGUAUUGUGUUAAAUAGUGGAGACACAAACAAAAUUGAAAUAGUUCUCUGUCUGUUUAGGUGCCAGUGAAGGAUACACCUAUAGAGGAUUAAAAUUUUAAAAAAAUUAUAUAUUAGGGGAAGACACCAUGAUUGUAAACCAAAGGGCAAUAAACUGUCUCACUUUCUAGUAGCAAAGGUAGUGUUUAUUUCACUAUUGUUCCUAUAGUAAAAGGGAGUGGAGAAACAAUGGUCAUGCUUGUUAGACCCUAGUUAUCUGAUGAAUCAAUAUAACAAUAUUGAUUGAACAAUAUAAGCAUUUUGCUUACAGGUCUUUAUUUAAUAGAGCCACCAAAAUAGACACACCCUCUUUAAUCUCUUGCCCUGGCUAUUAUAAUAGCUUGCUAAUUGUACCUCCCCCAGAAAAUUCUCCCUCUAUCCUGUUAUUAGAUAUUCCUAAAGUCCAUGCUGCUUUUCUGUUCAAAACUCUUGUGGUAGUCCUCUAUUUUCUCUUAAUAUCUUCUUUUCUUACUCUCAUUUAAAGUCCUGUGAAAAGUAGCUUUCGAAUACUUUUUUUCACACUCAUUUGACAUUAUACCCUUUCAUUCACUCUACUUUCCAGUCAAACUAACACACUGGACAAGCUGGAAUUUGAAGACACAGCCUUCCUUGGCACAGGCCAAUCUUCAUGCCCUCCUUUCCCUUCCUCUUUUUUGCCUUUGGGCAUCCUAUUUCCUCCCCCCCCAAUCCUCCUCCCUCUCCCUCCCUCCCCCAAUCAAAUUCUGGUCAGGAGCCACCUCUACAGACUAGGAAUUACUUUGUAUUUACUCUGCAUAUAUCUAUAUAGAGAUAUAUAUGUUUAUAUCUCUAUAUAGAUAUAUACACACACACACAUAUAUUUAGUAUCAUGUACUUAUUUCUCCUCAGAACCUUGUAAAUUCCUCUAGGGCAUAAACCGUUUCUUUUUUAUUUCUUUUUGUCUUUGUGUUGUAGGGCGUACCAGCUCGUACCAGUUCACCUAGGCUUUUUGUAGAGGUUGGUUCAAUGAAUCGAUGAACAAAUAUUUAGCUCCCAAUAUGAAAGAAUGGCUGUUGUUACAACUGAGGAAAUCGAGAAUAGUACGUGGAAGACUGUGGAUUGGCACUCACAUCUCUUCUGAUUCGAAAUCUUUAACACUUUCCCCACUAUCCCGCUCCGGGAUCUCCGGCAGCUGGGUUUCCAAGUCUCUGAACCCUCAUUCCAUAUAACCUGUGUUACAGGUUAUUUGUAUUUACGGUUCUUUUCCCUUCCCCCUCUGGAUCCCUCUGCGCGAACACAAGCCUUAAACGCAAAACGCCGGUAGAAGUGGCUGGAGAUAGGGGAGAGGGAGAUGGUAAAGGGUUAGGUUUCCCUUACCGGCCUGGCCCUUCUCCGCCAGGCCGCCGUACGAUGGCGUACGUGGGGCCAGAGACCACAACAUGGCGGCAGCGCCUCUCCAGGGCCUAGUUCCCUCGGUUCCCGUCGUCGUCCUUUCAGCCAAUGAGGAGGCGUCUCGGUUGGCGGGAAGCGGCCUCCUACCGCCAGGGGGCGUCUUGGCAGGGAAGCCAAAGGAGAGGAUUCGUAGUCGCCGCCGCUACCGCCGCUGCUGUUGGGGUGGGAGCCUCUAGAGAAGACACCUAAGCGCCCUGCAGCGCUACACCCGAUCCUUCGCGGUCUCGGUCUCCUGCUUCAUCCCUGGACCGGCUCGCUCGAACGCAGCAGAGGGUGAAUCUAGAAAUUGGAUGUGCAGGAUAACAUGUCCAAUGUUUCUGAGGACAGAAGAAACAGGCAACAGGAUAUUAAGAAAGGACUGCAGUUUAUACAGUCACCUUUGCCAUACCGAGGAACACAAGAACAGUAUGAGGUGUUUUUAUGGACACUUAUAAAAAAUCUCUUUAAUGAAGGAAAUGAUAUAUAUCAAGAUUGUGACUGGAAUGGCUCAUUAAGUCAGUAUACAGAAGCUUUAAACAUAGCUGAUUAUGCAAGAUCAGAAGAAAUUGCAAUUUCUAAUGAAAUAUUAGAAAAACUGCAUAUAAAUCGUAUUGCAUGUUAUUCAAAUAUGGGAUUGAAUGAUAAAGUUCUAGAAGACUGUGAUAAAGUUUUAAGUUUAAAUCUUAACAACUGUAGAGCUCUCUAUCGGAAAGCUAAAGCCUUAAGUGAUUUAGGAAGAUAUAAAGAAGCUUAUGAUGCAAUAGCAAAAUGUUCCUUGGCAGUACCUCAGGAUGAGUGUGUAAUAAAAUUAACUCAAGAACUAGCCCAGAAAUUAGGAUUUAAAAUAAGAAAAGCGUAUGUCAGAGCAAAGUUCUCAAAUUCAGUUCCGGGGGAAGUAGCAACAAAGGGUUUAAAGAGCUCUAUAGAAGACAUAGAGUUAGAUUUGUCAGAUCCAAAGCAAGAAGCUGCUCCUGUUAUUUCUCUUCUCCCUCCUGACUUUGCUCCUGAAUUAUCAAAUGAAUUAGCUUCACUUCCUAUUACAUCUUUAACUCCUGUUUUACCAUUACAAAUGGAAAAGAGUCCUCUGCCUUCUGCCAUGUUGGCAAAUGGGGGAAAGAUUUCCUUUACUUUGCCUGAAGCAUACUUAGAUGAUGGAGAUAUUGUCCUUGGUGAUGAAAUAGAUGAACUACUUGAUUCUGCACCAGAAGCUGAUGAAACUGUUUUGACAGCCACAGUAGUCAGAGGAUCCAUUCCAACGUCUAGUGUUACUCCUAGUAUACCUUUUUCUGCACCUUUAUUAGGAACGUGUGCAGGGUAUGUUCCUGCAUCUUCCUUUUCAGAAAUAUAUCCACAGCCUUUGACUUCAUCAUUGGAAGAUUUUUGUUCUUCUUUAAAUACAUUUUCAAUGACUGAUUCCAAAAGAGAUCUGCCCACAUCAACAUCUAGAGAGGGAGCACUGCUUAACAACAAUAAUUCUUCCAUUUUACUAAUGAAUGGACCAGCUAGUUUGUUUGCUUCUGAGAGUUUCCUGGGAAUUUCAAGUCAACCUAGAAAUGAUUUUGGUAAUGUUUUUAGUAGUGGGUCUCCUAAAGUAUCUUCAACUGUAGCUGGAAGAAAUCCACUUGAAGGAACUCAUGAAUUACGGCAAGCGUGUCAGCUCUGUUUUUUAAAAUCAGGUCCUAAAUUAAUGGAUUAUACCUACCUUCCUACAUUAGAUCAUAAAUGUAAGAAGGACAUUUUAAUUGGUAGAAUAAAGAAUGUUGAAGAUAAAUCAUGGAAAAAAAUACGUCCACGACCAACAAAGACAAAUUAUGAAGGGCCUUAUUAUAUAUGUAAAGAUGUUGCUGCUGAGGAAGAGUGUAGAUAUCCAGGUCACUGCACUUUUGCCUAUUGCCAAGAAGAGAUUGAUGUGUGGACACUGGAACGAAAAGGUGCAUUUAGUCGAGAGGCUCUUUUUGGUGGCAGUGGAAAGAUAAAUUUUACUGUGUUCAAACUUCUUCAAGAACAUCAUGGAGAAUUUAUAUUCCUUUGUGAGAAAUGUUUUGAUCAUAAACCUCGAAUAAUAAGCAGGAGAAAUAAAGACGUUUCUUCUUCUUGCUCUCACCCAGUUACGAAGCAUGAAUUUGAUGACAACAAAUGCCUUGUUCACAUUUUACGAGAAACUUCAGUCAAGUAUUCUAAAAUCCGUGCUUUCCAUAGUCAGUGUCAGCUUGAUCUGUGUCGUCAUGAAGUUCGCUAUGGCUGCUUAAGGGAAGAUGAGUGUUAUUAUGCACACAGUCUUGUGGAAUUAAAAGUCUGGAUAAUACAAAAGGAAACAGGUAUAACACAUGAUGCCAUUGCGCAGGAAUCUAAGCAAUAUUGGCAAAACGUGGAAGCAAAAACCCCUGGAGCACAGGUCCCCGGGAACCAAGUAAAAUAUGGAUCUCUUAAUUUAAAGAUAAAAUUUGUAUGUGCCCAGUGUUUGAGAAAUGGUCAAGUCAUCGAGCCAGAUAAAAACAGAAAAUAUUGUAGUGCUAAAGCAAGGCAUUCGUGGACCAAAGACCGUCGAGCGAUGAGAGUGAUGUCUAAUGAACGUAAGAAGUGGAUGAACAUCCGUCCUCUUCCCACAAAGAAACAAAUGCCUUUACAGUUUGAUUUGUGCAAUCAUAUUGCCUCUGGCAAGAAAUGCCAGUAUGUUGGAAAUUGUUCAUUUGCGCAUAGUCCUGAGGAGAGAGAAGUUUGGACUUAUAUGAAAGAGAAUGGAAUACAAGAUAUGGAGCAAUUUUAUGAUAUUUGGCUAAAGAGUCAAAAACCUGAAAAAACUGAUGAUGUAGCUGGCCAGUCAAAUAAGGAAAAUGGGAAACAAAUUCACAUGCCAACAGAUUAUGCUGAAGUUUCUGUGGACUUUCACUGCUGGCUGUGUGGGAAAAAUUGUAAUAGUGAGAAACAGUGGCAAGGUCACAUUUCUUCAGAGAAGCACAAAGAGAAGGUUUUCCACACAGAAGAUGACCAAUAUUGCUGGCAGCACCGUUUCCCAACAGGAUAUUUUAGUAUUUGUGAUAGAUAUGUGGCUGGUACUUGCACCGAAGGAAACACCUGUAAAUUUGCCCAUGGAAAUGCUGAACUUCAUGAAUGGCAAGAACGAAGAGAUGUUCUAAAGAUGAAGCUUAGCAAAGCCAGAAAAGAUCACUUGAUUGCACCAAAUGAUAAUGACUUUGGAAAAUAUAGUUUUUUGUUUAAAGAUUUAAACUAAUACUAAAAGUGAUAUGUUUCCUAAUCAAAGCAUCAACCUGAAAAUUUCAAAGUAUUCAAAAGCAUGUAGCAGAGAAGCUGCAAGUUUUCUGCUUGUAUUGGCAUAUAUAUUGUUCCUCCUGAACAACAUUCUACAGUGGUUAUGAAAAUGGGGUGUUUAACAGAUCUGGCUGAGCCGUCAUGAAACCAGAUGGUAAAGUGACAGGCUGCCAUAAAGUAUGCCCGAUUUGCCAUCUGUUGAACAUAAUUUUGGAUGGAAGGUUGUUAGGGGGGAAAGGAUGAGGAAAAGGAAAACCUCUCUUGAGUUGGUCCUUAAGCUGAGACCUUUAAGGUAAGAUUAUAAACCAGUGUUCUGGAAUAAGAAGACAAUGAUGGAUGAAAUAAUAUUAAGUGUUUUAAUGGAAAGAGUCUGUUUAAAAAGAAAUAAAGUUUGCUACUUAUCUGUAUGUAGGUUGCUUAAAAGGAUUUUCUUAAUAAAGAUUUUAAGCAAAAUAACCAUUUAACACUAGUAUAUGUUGAAUGGGGUAUUUUUUCCUCUAUUUGUAUGUUUCACUAUCACUUACCGAAAAGAAUCUUGAAGAAAAUGUGCACUAAGAAUUUUUGGAAAAUUGGCUGAAAUUUUGAUUUUUUUGGUCUUUGCUGUUAAAUGAUGAUUUUGAAAGAUUUUACUUGUAUUGUUGGUAUUGUGUAUUGUAUGGACCAAUAUUGCCUGUAAUAAAACUUUAUAUAAAUGCCUUUUUGGGGGGAGGGGGGACCAGUCCUUUUUAAUGAAAGUAUUGAGGAAACAUUUUAUUUUCCUAUUCAAACAUUAAGGUUCCUCAAUUUUUUUUUUUUUUUUUGUAGUCAGGAAAUUAUGUACUAAAUGCUUAAAUAUUUACCUGCCUUUUUGAAUGGAUACUUUUUCUUUCUGUAUGCUUUCCUUUUGAAUAAGAAUCUUCUGUGUUAUGACUUACAUGCAGUUUCUUAUAUUAGCUAUAGUGCUGUUUCAUGUUUUAUCCUAAAAGGAAUGCAUGAUGUCCCUGAAAAGGUGAAACCCAAUGUUAUGUCAUCUUUAGCUUUUAGUACCGACUUUCAUAUCGAUUUAUGAAGCCAUCUUACCCAUGCUAUUUUGAAAUAAAGCAGUAAUGUAAUUAAAAUAAACUACUUCUCACUGCUAAA